UUGUUGAUUAGGUUUUUUUCUUUGUUGGAUUUUCUUUAUUAUUUGCAAUUGAAAUCAACUUGUUGGAAUUUAUUAACUAUUGGGUUUUAAUUGUCUUGGAGUUGCUCUAUCAAUGGAUAAAUGAUGCCUACAUAAUUAGACAAUUAACUAAUCAACGUUGAUUGUAUUUUGACUUAUCCACACUUAAUGGAGACAAAGAUUCAUUGAAAAGUGUCAACAGAAUUUUUUUUUUCACUUCGAUUUAAUCUCUCUCUCUCUGAUUGUUGGACUAAUUGUUUGAAUGCGGAUUAUCAUGUGAUUAUGGAUUAUAUUUGGAUUAAAGUUAUCACCUUAAUCGUUUUGAUUAGUUCACUUUGGGUUCCUUCAAAGGGUUCGCAAUGUGUCAUGAUGGGACUUUGUGAACAAGCGGCUUUUGGUCAUGUUCCUUGUGUCCACUCUGGUCCACCUCAGCCAAUGACCGACGAUUCAGCCAAAGGCCUUCUAACGGAAAUGUGUCCCCAUCUUUCAAGUGAAUCUGGUUUAUGUUGUUCUCGGGAACAAAUUGAAGAUCUUAAAAGUCACACGGAACUUUUUGGCCUUUUCUUGAAAACUUGCCCUUCCUGUUUCGCUAAUUAUCAAAAGCUAUUAUGUCAUAUUACCUGUUCACCCAAUCAGGCUGAUUUUGUGAAAAUUUUACGAAAACAAAUGACCGAUGAAGGUGACAAAGAGCAAGUCGGUGAAAUUGAUGUUUUCCUUGACAAUUCAUUUGCAUCCACUUUCUAUGAUUCUUGUAAAAAUAUUACUCGUUUCGGUGAACGGGUUAUCGAUGUUUUCUGUAAACCCUGGGGAGCUGAGAAAUGUAAUCCUGAACGAUUACUUAAAUAUCUUGGCUCGGAUUAUGGUCAUCUUGGUCAUUCUCCUUAUCAAAUUGAUUUUGUCCUCGAUUCAAGUGAUACCCAUAAACUUUACGAUGAAAACUUCCAGGUAACCAAAUUGUCCGCUUCAUCUUGCUCUGAAUCGGUUAAUGGUCAACCUGCUUGCCCUUGUGAACACUGUCCAUCAUCUUGUGGUUAACAAUUGGAUAAAAAAAAAUCUAAACAAUUUUGGUCAAACAAUUAAUUUUGUCUCAGAUAACAAAACAAACAAAUUUAACUCUCAAAACCAAUCCAACUUAACAUUUCAUUUCUCAAUUAAUUUUCACACUCUUUUCAUUGUUAAUUGUAACUUUUCCCAUUCACUCUCCUCUCAAAUUAUGUAUAUUUAAGGUUCCAAUAAAUGUACAGUUACAUCAUGUUAA